GAAGAAGAAGAAAGUGCGCCGCUGAACUGUUUCCGGUGUAGUAAGUGUGAGGUUUAUUCAUUCAUUAUAGGAGUUACAUUCCAGGUUUAGAAUCCGCAGGUGGAAGAUAAACAACAUGGACAUUCGGCCGAAUCACACGAUAUACAUCAACAACCUGAACGAUAAAGUCAAGAAAGAAGAGCUGAAGAGGUCUCUCUACGCCCUGUUCUCUCAGUUCGGCCAGAUCGUCGAGAUCGUCGCUAUGAAGACUAUGAAAAUGAGAGGCCAGGCGUUUGUGGUGUUUAAAGAACUCGCUGCAGCUACGAAUGCACUGAGACAGCUACAAGGGUUCCCCUUCUACAACAAACCCAUGCGAAUCCAGUACGCGAAGACAGACUCGGAUAUCGUCGCUAAGAUGAGAGGCACGUACGGAGACAAAGAGAAGAAGAAGGAGAAGAAGAAGAAAGCCCAGGAGCAAGCGGCCAACGCUGCCAAGAAACCAGUAAAUGCUGUGAACACACAGCCACCUCCGCCAGCUACAGUCCAGGUUCCUGAUAAUCCUCCCAACUACAUCCUCUUCCUGACCAACCUACCCGAGGAGACCAACGAGAUGAUGCUGUCCAUGCUGUUCAACCAGUUCCCCGGUUUCAAAGAAGUGCGUCUGGUCCCCGGAAAACACGACAUCGCUUUCGUGGAGUUUGAGAGUGAAGCCCAGGCCGGAGUCGCUAAAGAUGCGCUACAGGGCUUCAGAAUCACCGCCACGUGUGCCAUGAAGAUCACCUACGCCAAGAAAUGACCCUACACGCGUAUACGUGUGUAACAUGAGCAUUGUCGGACUGAAAUGCAGGCUUGCUGAAUGAAUCCUGCGUCCCAUCAUGAAUGAUUUUGCUCAAUUUGUGGGGUUUUUUUUCUUUUCAUGUUUGUUUGUACAGGAUUUUUGUUUUAAAAACUAUCAGUGACCAAGGAGUUGGGCAUCGGGGUUGGUUUUAUUUUAUGUUUGAAUAUUAAAAGACUGUUCCACAAAAAAAAAAAAGUGAAA